UCGCGCUCAAUGCGUCGGCCACUGCGACGCGUCGUGAGUUGUGACGGUCGUUUGUCUAUGGGAGUGUUCGCUCGUAUCGAAUUUGUGAGAAAUUAUUUCAUGUCCAGUGAUAUAGGCGUUAUUAUUACAUAUCUCGCAUGACAGUGAAUAAAAAAAUAGUUUAAACAUGGCGUUGGAGGGUGUAAAAAGUGAAAAAAGUGAAGAAAACAACGGCAACGUACCAGACGGCAAGGCGAACGGGAUCGACAACAAAAGUAAACAGAUAGAGCCGAACACAGCGUUCCUGCGAGCGGCGCGGGCCGGCCAGCUCGACACAGUCGUCGACCUGCUAGACUCGGGCGCUGUCAAGGACAUAAACACAUGUAACUCGAAUGGUCUAAACGCCCUCCACCUUGCCGCUAAAGAUGGUCACAUAUCCGUAGUAGAAGAACUACUCAAACGCGGCGCUACAGUCGACGCUGCUACCAAAAAAGGCAACACAGCACUCCACAUAGCAUGUCUCGCGGGCCAAGAGUCAGUGGCGCGGGCGCUGCUAGCCGCGGGGGCGAAGGCGGACGCGCAGUCCGCCGCAGGCUUCACUCCCCUGUAUAUGGCGGCGCAGGAGAACCAUGCAGGAUGCGUCAAGAUGCUACUGGCCGCUGGUGCCAGCCAGACUUUAGCUACAGAGGAUGGAUUCACUCCGCUAGCAGUGGCGAUGCAACAGGGUCACGACAGAGUCGUAGCGGAGCUGCUGGAAUCCGACACGAGGGGCAAGGUCCGCUUGCCAGCGCUACAUAUCGCCGCCAAGAAGAACGACGUCAAAGCAGCCACGCUUUUAUUAGAGAACGAACACAACCCCGACGCGUGCUCGAAGUCUGGGUUCACUCCCCUCCACAUCGCUGCCCACUACGGCAACGUGGGUGUCGCUAAGGCGCUGCUCGCCGCCGGCGCAGACUCUGGCCGCGCUGCCAAACACAACAUCACGCCGCUGCAUGUUGCUAGCAAGUGGGGACAGCUUGCGAUGGUCGAUUUGCUUGUGGAAAAUGGUGCCAACAUAGCGGCAGUAACUCGUGACGGUCUGACGCCCCUGCACUGCGCGGCGCGGUCGGGCCACAGCAACGUGGUGUCGCGGCUGCUGCAGCACGGCGCGCCCAUCACCAGCAAGACCAAGAACGGGCUGACCCCUCUCCACAUGUCCGUGCAAGGCGAACACGUGGAGACGGCCAAAGUGUUGCUGGCAGAGGGCGCGCCCAUCGAUGACGUCACCGUCGAUUACCUCACGGCGUUGCACGUAGCUGCACAUUGUGGACAUGUCAAGGUUGCUAAACUUCUCUUGGACAGAAAUGCCGACGCGAAUGCUCGAGCAUUAAAUGGGUUCACACCACUUCAUAUAGCUUGCAAGAAGAACAGGCUCAAAGUGGUCGAGUUAUUGCUCAAAUAUGGUGCAAGCAAGUCGGCGACGACGGAGUCGGGUCUGACGGCGCUGCACGUGGCGUCGUUCAUGGGGUGCAUGAAUGUAGCGCUGGUGCUGGUGGGUGCGGGCGCGGGCGCGGACGCGGCGACGGCGCGCGGGGAGACGCCGCUGCACCUCGCGGCGCGUGCGCACCAGACCGACCUCGUGCGCGUGCUGCUGCGGAACGGCGCGCGGGUCGAUGCAAAAGCCCGCGAAGACCAAACUCCCCUCCACGUGGCAGCAAGACUUGGUCACGCAGACAUCGCGGCACUCUUACUACAACAUGGCGCCGACGUUGCCGCUGCCACCAAGGACCGGUACACACCGCUGCACAUCGCUGCUAAAGAAGGCAAGGAAGAAGUAGCAGCCAUCCUCCUCGACCACAACGCGCCGAUCGAAGCCGAGACUCGUAAAGGGUUCACGCCGCUGCACCUGGCGGCGAAGUACGGCGACAUCGGCGUGGCGCGCCUGCUGCUGGCGCGCGGCGCGCAGCCCGACGCGCCCGGCAAGAGCCACAUCACGCCGCUGCACAUGGCCACUUACUACGGACACCCCGAUAUAGCCCUACUGCUCUUGGAUAAAGGAGCAUCACCGCACUCGCUGGCAAAGAACGGACACUCAGCUCUUCACAUCGCUUGUCGACACAACCACCCGGAUAUCGCGUUCGCAUUACUCGAACAUGAUGCGGAUCCAGGAGUUAAAUCGAAGGCAGGUUUCACGCCGCUGCACAUGGCGGCGCAGGAGGGACACGAGGAUUGCGUCGAGAUGCUCAUUGAAAGAGGAGCUGAUGUUAAUGUUCCGGCUAAUAAUGGUCUGACGCCGGUGCACCUCGCCGCGGCGGAGGGGCGCACGCGCGUGCUGGGCGCGGCGCUGGCGGCGGGCGGGCGCGUGGGCGCGCGCACGCGCGACGGCUACACGCCGCUGCACGCCGCCGCGCACCACGGACACCACGCCGCCGCCAAGGUGCUGCUCGACGCCGAGGCGGACGUCUCUGCCAGGGCUGCGCAUGGAUUCACACCGUUGCAUCAAGCCGCACAACAAGGCCACACUCUCAUCAUUCAGCUGUUAUUGAAGAACAAUGCCGAUCCGAACGCUUUGUCCGCUACUGGACAAACUCCGUGUGCGAUCGCUGACCGCCUUGGAUACAUCAGCGCUGUUGAAGCUCUACGACCUGUUACUGAGAAUACACUCAGCCAAGCUGUAGGCGAUACUGGUGGGUUGGAAGGAAAAUACCGCGUCGCAGCGCCUGAGCUCAUGCAGGAUACGUUCAUGAGCGACUCGGAAGACGAAGGAGGUGAAGUAGAGUGCCCAAUCCAGCAGCAACAGCAAUACCGCUACAUGAAUAGCGAGGCGGGCACACUGCACCGGGCCAAGCCGCUCGAGGACAGCGUCACCGAUGGCCACCUCUGGCCAAGCAACAAUGACAGAAAGGUGGCCACCAUCGAGCGACAGCCCGUGGACAUCGGGUUCUUGGUGUCGUUCGUGGUGGAUGCGCGUGGUGGCGCCAUGAAGGCGAAGCGUCGCGGCGGCGUGCGCAUCAUCGUACCACCCGCCGCCUGCGCAGCUCCCACACGAGUCACUUGCAGAGCCGCCACACGCAGGGCCCCGGCGGCGGCGCCCCCUCCACUUAUGGAAGGAGAGGCGCUCGCCUCGCGACUGCUGGAACUGCAACCACAAGGCGCGAAAUUCUUGGCUCCUGUAAUCAUCGAGGUCCCGAUAUUCACGUCGUCAUGUCCGGAGCGCGAGAUCGUGAUCCUGCGCUCCGACAACGGCGAGACCUGGCAGGACCACUACCUCCACAACAACGACAACCCCAUGAUACAGGAGGCACUGCAGCGCGAGCGGCAAGAGUUCGGUCCGUCGGGCGAGGCGGUGGGCGAGAGCGGCGAGCGCGUGACGCGCAUCGUGACGUGCGAGUUCCCGCACUACCUGGCGUGCGUGUCGCGCGUGCGCCAGGAGGUGCACGUCAUCGGGCCCGACGGCGGCGCCGUCUCCAGCGCGCACAUCGCACAGGUGCAAGCGGUGUUCCCGCCAGCGGCACUGACGAAGCGAAUCCGCGUGGGACUGCAAGCUCACGGCGCGAGCACGGCGGCCGUGCAGCGCGUGUUGCCGCGUCACGCCGCCGUGUCACCCGUCGUCACGGUGGAGCCGCGCCGCCGCAAGUUCCAUCGCUCCAUCACGCUCACUGUACCGCUGCCACCUUCACCUACCGGCGAACGCGCGUCGACAUCGAACCUGCGGCUCCUGUGCUCCAUAAUGGGCGGGCAGGCGCGCGCCGUGUGGGAGGACGUCACCGGCUCCACGCCGCUCACCAUCACCGACGACUGCGCGUCGUUCACCACCACCGUGUCCGCCAGAUUCUGGCUGAUGAAUUGCCAGAACGUAAGCGAUGCUACAAAAUUGGCAACUGAAUUAUAUAGGGAAAUGUUGCUUGUUCCAUUUGAGGUUCGCAUCGUAGUUCUGGGCAAGCGACUGGACGCGCUGGAGGGCAGGCUUCUCGUGAUGACCAUCACAGACAGAUACGCAUACGAUACGUUGCUGCAACAGGAGCACUACACAGAGGUGGCCCAUUCGACUUCGGUGAAAUUCUUAGACGGCAAAGACGUAUAUUUGGAAUUCUCUGGCAACCUUGUGCCAGUCACCAAAUCGGGAAGCCAGCCCAUGCUUACAUUCGAGGCUUUCAAAGACAACAGAGUGGAGUUCACGGUGCGAGUGAAACACCACGAGGAGAGUCCGUCCGGAAGGAUUUACUUCAUGAAUGAACCUAAGGUGCCAAAGGGCGAGCAGUCGCAGACGCCGACGUGCGUGCUCGACGUGGAGCUGCCCGAGCGCAUCGCGCCGCGCGCCGGCAAGAGCCAGCUCGACUACCUCAACCUCGACCAGUCAGGCUUCGACGCGCUCAAAGACGAGCUGAGCUUCCACUGGGGCGAGCACAACAACAGCCUCGGGCCCGGCUCGCUGCCUUACCACGAUAGACAAGUCAACGGACAUGAUAAAAUUGUAACAAACGGUGAUGUUUUACAUCCAACAAAGGACACUGAUAGCAAAGAUACCAGACCUCAAGUCAAUGGUGAUACACUUCAUGUAGACUCUAACAAAGUUAAGGCUACGUUUGACUCAGACGAAGACAAAACCCCUCAGAGCACUCUAGAGAAAGGCAAGAAGAAGCCAGAAACCAGCUUCCUCGGUGGCCUCGCUGAUAAAGUUAAAAACGUAUUCGGUCACAGUGAAGAAAAAGAUGAUGAAGUCAAAGAAUCCUCCCCGAAACCUCAACCUAAACCGCGGGAGUCUAAAGAUAAAAGCCCACCUAAACCAGCUCCAAGGAUUAUCAACGAAGAAUUACUUGACAAAGUAGAGGAUAUGUUUAAGGACUUGCAUCAAAAACCACCACAAAAAGAUGACGAGGAUCCCGACAGUCAUUUAUACGCAACCAAAUUAGUUGUCGAAGAAGACGAAAAGUCUCCCGCCUUAAAAGAAGUAGAGGAACACAUUUACGAAGAAUACGCAAACAUGCAGCCUGUAGAUACACCAUUGUAUAACAAAAAGACAGAUCCAUUCCAAUUCUACGUCGGUUGUUGCGAAGGAAAAUUCAAGAAAGGGCAGAAACACCGACAUGACGAGACAUCCAAUUUAGUCGAUAGAAUAGAACAGGUUACUUUUGCCACGCACGAAAUUCAAAACGAAUUGGCUGAUGACAUCGGUAAAUUACAAAAGCGUAAGGAUGAUAUUAAACAGAAAUCAGUCGAUGUAAUUGAUGAGGUCGUUGUGAAAAGUGAAAAGAUCAAGGACGAUGUUAAAAACAAAGAGCAAGAAUUGAAAAAAAAUGCUACAAAUAAAAUCGAAGAAGUCCAGGGUGCUGUAGAUGAAAAAUUGAAUUCAUUAAAAGAAUCGGCUGAUAAACUGUACGAGGAUGUUGAUUCAAAAGCAUCAGUAAUAAAAACAAAUAUCAAUGAACAAAUUGAUGACGCUGGUGUAACUGCUAAAGAUGCAGCUGGCCAAGUACAAGUAACUGCAGGAAUUGUUAAUGAUAAAUUAAAAAUGAAAGCGCUAGCAAUGGACUUUGUAGCUAUGGAGCAAGCUGAGGAACUCAAAAAUAGAGCCAAUGAAAAAAUUGCACAAGCAAAAGGCUCCGCCGAGAAUUCAGCAGACCAUCUUAAACACAAGGCCCAUGAAAUUGGAUCAGAUCUGCAAGACAAAGCAAAUAAAGGUGCAAUUGCCGUAGGAGAUGUUAUUCAGAAUGCGCAAGACUCUUUAACUCAUAAAGCUCAAGAUAUAAAACAUGGUGCUACUGAAACCUCUGAAAAAGUUAAAGACUCCGCCAAAGAUAAACUACACGCCCUUGGUGAAUCAUUAGAUGGUGCUAAGCAGAAAUCUAAAAAGGCUGCUGCAGAUCUCAAAGCAGAAGCGCAUGAGGUAGAACAAGAAAUUAAGAAAGAAAAGAAGAAGAAGUCAAAACAAGGCAAGAACUUCUUUACUGGUUUAGUUCAUAACAUUUUUGGUGAGAAAGAAAAACUUGAGGAUGAAAUAAAAGGAAAAAUUGCUGAAGGAAAGGAAGUGGCUAGUGACUUAGCAGAGCAGGCGUCUGCUAAAAAGGACGAGAUUAAAGACAGCGUCGCUAAAAAAGAGGCAGAGGUCAAAGAAGCUGCUGAACAUGUGGCACAAACUGUACAAGAUAAAACAGCAGAAGCUGAAAAGGCUUUGCAAGAUAAAAAAGAUGAAGUAGGUAAAGCUGUUCACGAUAAAGUCGAUGAAGCCAAAAAAUCUGUUGAGGAAAAGUCUUCUGAAAUUAAAUCAUCGGUCGAAAUUAAAGUAAGUGAAGCUAAAGACACCAUUGUUGAUAAAACUAAUGAAGUAAAAGAUGCCGUUAAUGAAAAAGCCAGUGAAGCCAAAGACGUAGUUCAGAACAAAACUAACGAAAUCAGGGGUGCCAUUAUUGAUAAUAAAGAUGCUGUGUGUCAUAAAGCAAGUGAAAUUAAAGACGCUAUCCAUGAUACAGCUCAAGAUGCGAAAGACGCUGUUCAAGAUAAAGCUAACAAAGCCCAAGAAACCGUCGAAAAUAAGGCGAGUGAGGUAAAAAACGCCUUUGACGCUAAACAAACCGAAGUUAAAAAUGCCAUACUUGAUACUACUAGUCAAGUCCAGGAUGCUGCUAGUGAAGCUAAGGAUGCAGCUUAUAAAAAAACGAGUGAGAUAAAAGAUACGGUGCAAUCAAAAACUGUUGAAUUAAAAGAUGCUGCUUUUGAAAAAGGUAGUGAGAUCAGUGCUGCCAUUAGUGAUAAAGCACAAGAUGCCAAACACUCGAUAGAAACUAAAACAAGUGAAAUAAAGGAUGCUGUUCAUACCACCACGACACAGGUUAAAGAUGCUGUCCAAGACAAAGCGGGUAAAGUUAAAGACGCAGUCAACAACAAAACUGUCGAAGUGACGAAGUCUAUACAAGACACAACAAAUGCCGUCGGAAGCGCAAUAAACAGUAAAAAAGAUGACAUAGAAAAGGAUAUCCAUGACAAAGCAGACCAGGUUAAAGUCGCCACACAAAGUGAACUGGACAGAAUAAGGCAAGAAGCCGAACAAACUACAGAACAAAUUAAGAAAACUGCUGAAGAUACAAUAAAUGCGGCAGCGAGUAAGAAAGCAGCAUUACAAGGGAACAUUGAAAAUAAAUUCGAUAAUGUAAAGCAGGCUGGCAAAGACGAGCUUGAGAAUUUGCAACAGAGAGCAAGCGAUUUGCAAGAGUCGUCGCAGCAGGCGUUCAGUCACGCUCAAGAUUCCACCUUGAGUACUUUCGAUAAGAUCGAAAGUUCGGCUAAGGAUAAAGUGAACGACGCCAAAGAUACAUGGGAGGAUCUUCAAAGUUCCACGCGGGACACAUUCGCAAGUUUUAGGGAUGACGUCGGAAGCUCCGCGCAAGACACACUUCGUAGCUUCCAGAGUUCAGCGGGUAACACUUUCGACAGUUUAGACGAUUCCGCAAAGGAAAUCUUUGGUGGUGUGCAAACUACUGCGAAUAAUGUAGAGGCAGAAUCGAAGGAAUUAUUUGGAGAGGUUCAAGACUCCUUUGAAGGCUUCCAGGUUUCGGCUGAUAACAAGCUGGAAGAUAUCAAAGGGUCGGCGAAGGAGAGGCUCGAGGAGGCUGAAGAAAGGUUGCAUGACACGAAAGAGCGUGUGAAAGAGAGUGCGAGGGAAACUGAGCAGGCAGUCGCAGGAGCGGUCGCGGGCGAAGCGGACAAAUUCACCAGCAGCCUUAACAAUUUGGGCAAUUCUGUCUUCGGAUCGUCAGGCAAAGGAUUCAUGAAGGAUUCAAGCACUAAAUUAUUAGAGUCAGAAAAGGCACAAUCAUCCCCACACAAGAAGAGUUCCGGCUUUUUCUCCAAACUGAGACGAAAUCCAUGAAAAAUAUCAUCGAUCCGACACGCGACAAAUCUACAUUUAUAAAAUAAGCGUAGAUUUUAACUUUAAUCGUAAGGUCCAAUAUUCGAUUCCAAUGUAACGUUUUAAACGAAUGUACUGGAUGUGGUGAAGAUUCUCCAAUUGUUGGAAUAUAUAGAAGUUUAGCUUCGUCAGUUAAUGCUUAGAGCAUAUAGGAUACAAGCUGAUGCAUAGACAGUUAUCACGAGGUCGACAUUUGCCAAUACAUAUUGUAUAAUUCUUAUGUUAUGUGUCGAUAGAAAUCAAAUCCAAGAUUGUUAUAAAGUUACGAAACAUUUUUUUAAAUAAGUAUGAAUUAAAAAGUUUUAUCUAGGAUGUUCAUAUUUUAUUUUAAUUGUGACUUUGUUGGAUCUGACUUUUAUACUCACAUUUUACGGCCUCGAUAAACGCUUGUUUAUGUAAUUCUCAAUAUGCUAGAUCUAGCCGGCUCUUAGUGUCGCAACAAAAUACUCCGAAAAAGUGUUCCAUUUUGUAACUGCUUGUAAGCUUACAGAAAUGGUACGGCUAUAGAAACAUGAUAUGAUUUUAACCGUUACCAUUGUUAAAUGUAAUUCAUAUAAAAUAUAUUCAUAGUUACCAAUUAUGGUAAUAUCGAUUUGUAAUCGAUUAAGAUUUAACGUUAAUGUAAAUCAUAUGGACUAGAUCCAGGAACCGAGUAAAAAAGGUUAGCUUACGCAAAAUAUGAGUUAUUGGAAAUAAAUAAAUAGGUACCUAAAACCUUUUUCUCCUUACCUACUCAAUUCAUUCCUGGAUCUUCCGUUCCAAAUGUACUAAUUACUUUCAAGACUUAUAAAAUCAAUGGUGGCUAAAUGAAAUUAUACAAAAGUACAAUACAUUCGAUCCCACCGUGUUCAAGCAGACAUCGAUAAUGUUAUCGAUAAAACAAUUUUGUGAAUAUUCCAAAAUUGCUACAUACAAUGAAAUUGUAAAGAAAGCUAUUAUAAAGGUGCUGGAGUUGUCAAGAGUUUUAAAGGUCGCCCACACAUUUGCAACUAGACUAAUGACGCAAAUUGCCAACUGUACCUAUCAUUUCGACUCGGCAGUGCUAGGUACUAACGUUAGACAAAAAGUCGACUGUUCUCUUGCCCAAAUUUAUAUAAAUUUGACUAUGUUUAUAAAUACUUUGUUUCUCUAAGUUAUGCUUAAAAUUGAAAAUUUAUAUGAAUAUUAGAACUAUAGGAUACCUUGCAACAUAUAAAUUAAGAUGAUAGAAAUUCCCAUUAAAGUACAAUAUAUAUAAUAGUUCUCCUGUCUAUUGUUGUGUGGUUUGUCUUGUCAAGUUCGCUUAGUUACAACUGUGUGGCAGACACUUUAUUUCGAUUUAUGGUAAAAUAUAUUAUCGUCACAAAUCACUAUAUCCUUACUUGCACCAACGUAUUCAUGUUAACAACUUUUAUAUUUAAACUAUAUUAUCUAUUAUUUUUAAAGUUAUGCCAUGAUCGAGAAUUUUAGUGUUCUAACAUGUUUUGUAUGUACGGAAUUUUUGGUAAAUUGCAUUUUAGAAAUUCGUGUAUAAGUUAACCAUUUAUAAAUUUUUUAUCUAUAUUAUGACGUUUAGUAAAGUUGUUCAAUUUGUCUUCGUUCGACGUAGGUAUGUAGGUAUAGAGAAAAGUAAUUCACGAUUCCCCAGUUAUUACUACUACUUGUCUACCAAUUACUUAUUGUUUGGCACAAAUGUUAUUUAGGACUAAAUAUUUAUUUCGUUUUUUGGGAUAAAAUCUUACGCUAUUUGAAAGCAUCUUAAGAUGUAGCACAUUGUGUGGAUGUGGCAUUAAUUGUUUAAGUCGAUUUUAAUUUCACAAUUGUAAAUUGUUUAUGACGUAUUAUGUUGUGUGCGACUACAUACCUACUGUAUUUCUGGAUAACUGUGAUGCCAAA